AUGCAUCUCCCAUUCCUGUCAACGAUCCUCACGAUCACAGCCUCGCUGGUGGGCGCCAUCCCAGCCCAAACACACGUCUCGCAAGUCUACCAAACCACCGACACAUACCCACUUUCAAACCCAGGCCACCUCCCUGCGCACGACCCAAACAUCCUCCUCCACGACUCGACCUACUACCUCUUCAAAGGCGGCAUCAACAUCCCAAUCUUCAAAUCCGCCAACAUUUCCGGUCCCUGGGAAAAGCUCGGCACAGUGCUAUCCACCGACAGCAUAGUCCCCAAAGGCAAUCGCACACGACCCUGGGCACCGACCACAAUCGCAAUAAACGGCACCUUCUACUGCUACUACACCCUCAGCGCAGCAGGGUCCCGGGAUAGCGCCAUUGGCGUCGCAAUGACCACCGCACUCAAUGGCACAUGGACUGACCACGGCGUGGUAAUCAAUACCGGUACCGGUGCUGGCUCGGCCGUGUGGCCGUAUACGAUUACGAACGCCAUUGAUGCGUCGGUGAUCGUUGAGCGGAACUCCAGCCAGGCGUAUCUGAAUUACGGGAGCUUCUGGCAUGGGAUUUGGCAGGUGCCGCUGGCGGAGGAUAUGCUUUCUGUGCAGAAGGCAGAUGAUCCCGAUGCGGUGCAGUUGACGUUUAUGCCAGGUGCUAGGACGAAGCCUCAGGAGGGAUCGUGGAUGAGCUUUCGGGAUGGGUUUUAUUAUGUUUGGUUCAGCCAUGGGAAGUGUUGUAAUUUUGAGAAUGGAUUCCCGGGGCGCGGGAAGGAGUAUAGUAUUCGCGUUGGGAGGGCGGCGAAUGCGAGGGGACCGUUUGUGGAUCGCGAGGGGAGGUCUUUGCUUCAGGGAGGUGGCACGGUGGUGUAUGGUUCUAAUCAUGGGGUGGUUUAUGCGCCUGGUGGAUUGGGUGUCUUGGAGGGGGAUGCUUCCUCGGAUGUUCUUUACUAUCAUUACUUGAAUACUUCGAUUGGGUUUGAACAUAAGCAAGCUCAACUGGGCUGGAAUUACCUUGAAUAUGAGGAUGGCUGGCCGGUUACUGUUGGAGGCGAGAAUUCUACUACAACUAAUGCUGCUACCAUUCAUGGACGGCCUGGUUGGGGGUGUCUGAUGUCGGUUUUUGGUGAGUAA